AUGGAAAGAAGGUGGAGGGGCUAUGAGAGAUUUCAUUGUGAUUUCGCUAGAUCAUUAAGCGCCCCGAAAAAGGAAAGAAAAAAUGAAAAAAUUCAUUCAAGAACGUACAUUGACGAUCUCAUGAAAUGGCAUUUUAAUGAUUCCCAGCAAUCAAAAACGCGAGAAAUAAAAAGCUUAGAAUACUCACUUAAUUCUAUAUCUCGUUCAUUAAAGUCUUCAGUAUCCAAAUCACCAUCUGACUCCGUUCCAGAAUCGUGA